ACCACCCUCUUCUCAGCCAUCACAGAAGCUCACAAAUGAGCUCUGUGUGAAGAGCCAAGACUCUCAGCCAUGAAGAAACCAAGAGCGUCGCUCGCGCUGGAGAUCCUGGUGGUGUUGCUUGCCGCUCUUCUUCACGGCGCGCAAUGCCAGAGCUCUCUGGGUGGCGCCGGCGGUGGUGGUGGCGCCGCUAACCUCACGGUGAUCGGUACCGUGUUCUGUGACGCCUGCUCCGCCAGCUCCUUCUCCAAAAACAGCUACUUCUUGCCAGGCGUGAAAGUCAGGCUGGACUGCAUGAUCAAAGUGAACUCGAAUUCCAAGGAGGAGAUCAAGAUCACUGCCGAGAAGGUGACCAACAGCUACGGCGCCUACCAGCUGGACAUCCCGGCGAUCGACGGCUUCGAGUGCGCCGCCCCCGGCGCGACCGCGGCCGAGUCCUUCUGCCGGGCCGCCGUGCUGGACAACCCCUCCGCGCUCUGCAACGUGCCGGCCGUGACCACCACCGUCGGCCACAUCUCGUUCCCGACCCAGGAGCCCAACGCCUGCUUCUACAGCCUCAACUCCCUCUACUACCGCCCCGGCAAGCCGGGCCCCGCUCAGUGCGGCGGCGGCGGCGGCGGCGACGUGUCGCCCGCCGCGCUGAACACGUCCCUGUUCUACUGCCCGCCGUGGCCGUGGCCGCCCAUCCCGUUCUGCACGCCGCGGCCGUGGUUCCCGCCCAUACCAUUCUUCACGCCCCCGCCGCCGGCGUUCCCGUUCCCGCUGCCGCCGAUACCGUUCCUCACCCCGCCGUCGCCCCCGCCACCGGCGUUCCCUUUCCCGCUACCACCGUGGCCAUGGACGCCGCCAUCGCCUCCGCCAUCGCCGUCAUUCCCGUUUCCUCAUUUGCCUCCGAUUUUUACGACACCAUCUCCCCCGCCGCCGCCGCCGCCAGCAUUCCCGUUCCCGUUUCCGCCGCUUCCACACCUGCCUCCGUUGCCGCACUUGCCACCAUUGCCGUCGCUGUAUCCACCGCCCCCUCCGCCGCCGCCGCCGCCACCUCCACCACCGUCAUUUCCUUGGCCUUUCCCGCCAUUACCCUUCUUCCCUCCAGGUUCUUCAGGGCCGUCUCCUCCACCUGUGAAGUAUUCUCGGAAAGAUCCAAGCACUUGGUCUCCUUCCGAUAAUCAGCCAUAAAGUAAAUAAUUAUAGUUUCGGCUCCUGCUGGGAAGGAUAAUGUGCAGAACACUGCUUGGUAUAUGAAUUUUCUUUUUUUCUGUUUUUAUAUCCACUUAGCUGUAAGAACACGAAUGUAAAUUUGUGCUUGUGCCCUUGCACAUAUAUAAACGAAGAAUUUCUAGGUUCUAAACACAGGGCUUAUGUGGGAA